CAGGUGGGUGGGUUGUUUGUUAAUAUGAUAUCUAUGUUUGUAGGUGAGGAAAUGACGGGCGACACGAAAGACGACAUCAAGAAACCUGUGACGGUAACUAAAUGCGAUACGUCUAACAUGAACCAAUACAUUGGUUGUCGACGACAUAACCAUGCCUCGCUCAAGUUGUUGCUGAAAGAUGAAAGUUAUUUUGUUGAUGACGUCACUGAACCAUGGGAUAAAAUACAAAUGGGUGGACGAUACUAUGGGGGGAAUUUUUCAAUUUGGGUUUUGAACGAAACAUUGUUGGACGUUUGUCAUCACACCAUGGCUAUAACAGGAAACGCGUUCUUACUGUGGGAGGGAAUAGAAGCUGUUGGUAAAAGUUACACGUAUAGUGAAGCUGAAAGUAAAUGUGAGGGGGUUGGAGCAAAGUUGGCAACGGAGGAACAACUCAGGGAUAAGAUGGAAUCUGAUGAUAUAUCAUCAUGUGCGUGCGCAUGGGGGGAUGGUAAUGUCGCUUAUUCUGUGAUGCGAACAAAGGAUCCAUUAUGUGCUCGUAGUUCCCCUAAUGGUGGUGUGAAGAGAUGUGAUCCAACCCCUUCAAAGGCCGAUGCUUGGUGCUAUAAAGGUGAGGACCGCGAUACGUUAAACAUUCCGUGGGCGGCCGCAUUAUGGUUGGAUAACUCAACAAGGGAGGGACUCCAAGAGAGAAGUUCCGAGGAUGCCACAAAGUUUAUUUGCAGGAAAGAAUCACGAUGGCAUUGUGCGCGACCUCCUGAUUUGUACAGAGCUGUAUUGAAGGAAAAUAUUCAUUCAAGUUAUUCAUAUUUAGGCUCCACCAUGUAUCAGUGUGAUACCGGGUAUUGGUUUAAACGUGGUUUGUUUGCACAGACGAUAACGUGCAAUGCUGACCUCAUGUGGGAGCCCGACCCCGAGAUGCUGGAGUGUACCUUACUUGACUGCCUCCCUCCAUCCGAAAUAGUAAACGGUCGACUCACGUACGGGUCGCUCGACUACGGACAAAGGGCAAACUAUCGUUGCAACCACGGGUUCUGGUUGGCACACAGCUGGUUCACUAUAGAUGUUGUAUGCGGGGAUUUUGCUUAUUGGACGCCGAGUCCUGGUGGAUUGAAGUGCUUGCCUGUACAAUGCAACCCCCCUCACAGGGUUGAGUUCUCCCACCUUGAUAUUCACACGCAUGCUUAUCCAAACAAUGCAACAUUAACCUGUAACCCUGGUUAUUGGUUGGAACCGGGUGUUAUAACCAUGGACAUUACUUGCACUGCUGAUGGUGUUUGGAGGCCGGAUCCUUACUAUAUAAGGUGUUGGGAAGUUGUAUGCAUGCCCCCUAGUGACCAAACGCACGCUGUGUGGAGACAUAUUAANCGAGAAACGUACUGUGAU